ACGGCCGUGGUAAAUUGGACUCGAAUCCUUCGUAUGCCCUGGGGCUGAGGUGGGUGCCUCUCAGAUAAGCAAUCUAAUCAGCUUUGCAUUUGUGUCCCAUCUGGAAACAGAUUGUUGCCGGAGUAUACCACCACCUGAGAAGCAAACUUCAGUUAAUUCAUUCAGCCAAGGCAAUUUCAUGCCAUGAUGCAGUCCCCAAACAAGGAUGAUUGCACUGCCUGUCCCACACAUAUGCAUGGUGCCUACCCGGCAGAUCGGCUGCUGCGACAACGAGCCAUGGCCAACCACUCCAGACACAUGGGCAAGAUAAGGAAAAGGCUGGAGGACAUCAAGAGCCAGUCCCCAAAGGUAACCAAAGUGGAUUUCAGCCACAACGAAAGCAUACGGUUGGCCACCGACGCCUUCCUGGAUGGUGGGACAGACUCUUACCUCGAAACUUUAAGCAAAGAGGGUGAGGUGGAUUUCCUCUCUUCCGUGGAAGCUCAGUACAUCAAGGAUAAUGCCAGGGAGUCCUAUUAUGCACAGGAGUCCUCAGCUGCCGACGGGGCGGCUGUGCCAAAGCAGAACGAUGCCGGGUCACUGCCUUCAGGGACCUACUUCCCCACCAUUUCUGACUGCAGUGAGCCGGCUCUGCUGCACACAUGGAUUACAGCGGAGAAGCCCUAUAUGAAGGAGAAAUCCACUGCCACUGUGUAUUUCCAAACAGAGAAGAACAGCAACAUUAGAGACAUCAUACGCCGGUACAUCAACAAGACCACUCAGGUGCUGGCUAUCGUGAUGGAUGUGUUCACAGACACUGAGAUCCUUUGUGACCUCCUGGAGGCAGCUAACAAGCGCAUGGUGUUUGUCUACCUGUUGCUCGAUCAUGGCAGUAUAAAUCUCUUCUCAGAGAUGUGUGACAAGUUGCAAAUUACUGAGGAUCUCUUCAAGAAUAUUUCAGUCCGCAGUGUUACUGGAGAGGUUUACUGUGCCAAAUCAGGCAGGAAAUUUUCUGGACAAAUAAAAGAAAAAUUUCUUAUCUCUGACUGGAGAUAUGUGCUCUCUGGAUCUUACAGCUUCACGUGGUUGUGUGGGCAGGUUCACCGCAACCUCCUCUCCAAGUUCACAGGUCAAGUUGUGGAGCUGUUUGAUGAGGAGUUCCGGCACCUCUACGCGCUCUCCAAGCCGGUGAGGGGCCCGAAGUCCCCCCCGCGCUCCCUGCCCUUCCUGUUCAGCCGGAGCUGGGCCGCUCCGCGCAGCCUCCCCUACAGUGACGAGGGAAGCGCCAACACUCUUUCCGAUGCCUUCAGCAGCCUCUCAGCUGGCAGCACCCACCAGACCAAGCAGACCCCACGAACUCUCAUAUUCAACAGCAACUUCGCCCCCCAGUCACCUCUCCAUCGAGUUAAUUCCUUCCACAGCUACGUCUCCUUCACACCCCCCCCUCCACAGAAGGCCAUCCAGGCUAACUACUACCAGCCGCACUACAUGGCCGAAAACUCCCCAGUUCCGUAUAACAACAUGAACGUUUACAGACCUAUAAGACUUAGGCAAGAGGAACCGAACAGGACAGGGUUAAGCUCAUCCUGGAGAUGCCUCCACAAAGCUAACCUGUUUGCAUAAUAACCACCUUGUUUGGAAAUGCGAGUAAACUUAGU